UUGGCAGUUAAUUUCUUCUCCGAUUCGUUUCUUCGCCAUUCUUUCUCUUUGCGUAUCUCUGCAAUUUCGUAUUCUUUUGGUCGAUCUAGUUUCUCCGGCGACAUCAAGGGCUGAGAAUGGAAGCUCAUGGCAGCGGACUACGCCGCGUGCUCGUGCUCGCCUUUUGCGUCGCCGGGAUUUGGUCUGCUUACAUUUAUCAAGGUGUUCUUCAGGAGACUCUUGAUAAAGCUCUGGUCCAGUCGUAGCACUGUUGGUGCACCUUGGUGGACUUACUGGAGUGCUGGUAUUACGAAUACGAUUGGACCAGCUAUGGGGAUUGAAGCUUUGAAGUACAUAAGUUAUCCUGCUCAGGUCCUGGCAAAGUCAUCAAAAAUGAUUCCAGUGAUGCUGAUGGGAACGCUAGUUUAUGGUAUUAAGUACACAUUUCCGGAGUAUCUUUGUACAUUUUUGGUUGCUGGAGGAGUGUCUACAUUUGCACUCUUAAAGACUAGCUCAAAGACUAUUAGCAAGUUGGCACAUCCCAAUGCACCACUUGGAUAUGGACUCUGCUUCCUGAACCUUGCAUUUGAUGGUUUCACGAAUGCCACUCAAGAUUCCAUUUCAACAAGGUACCCAAAAACAAGUGCAUGGGACAUAAUGUUGGGAAUGAAUCUUUGGGGUACAAUAUAUAACAUGAUUUAUAUGUUUGGGUGGCCGAAUGGCACUGGAUAUCAUGCCAUAGAAUUCUGUAGACAGCAUCCCGAGGCAGCGUGGGACAUUCUUCUGUAUUGUCUCUGUGGAGCAGUAGGCCAAAAUUUUAUCUUCCUAACAAUAAGUCGAUUCGGUUCCCUUGCCAAUACCACCAUUACCACAACUCGCAAGUUUGUCAGCAUCGUGGUGUCCUCUAUGCUCAGUGGAAAUCCUCUGUCAUCGAAGCAGUGGGGCUGCGUUGUAAUGGUCUUCUCGGGGCUAUCAUAUCAAAUCUACCUCAAGUGGAGGAAGCUGCAAAAGUUGCAGAGAAAGAGAAAGACCACCUAACUAGGAAUUACAGUGUAAGCAAAGUUCAAUGGUCCUUAAAUUAGAGGGCAUCAUGUUUUAUAGAGCGCAUUAGAAGUCAUAGAACAAAGUUUUGACUCUCCCUUUUCUUUUACUUUUGUAUAAUCAGGCCUUGGAGGUGACCAGUGGAAGUCCCCUCCUCGAACCUAUAACUGAUUUUUCUUUUUUUUUUUUUCUAAGAGAAUGAAUUACUAUAAUCUUGAAAAGUGCUAAAUUGUUGAAAUCUUGUUGUGUUUCAUCGAUUUCUAGCUUCAGAUGGUUGAAUUAAGGUUAACACUUACAUGAAUUCAAUCAAUUAUCAUGGAUAAACGAAGGUGAGCGAGAAACGUUGAU